UAAAACAGAGAGACAGUGACAUAGAGAUAAGCAAAUCAGCAACUAUGGAGGCGUGACGGUGAGACGACGGCAACGAAGAAAGCAAAGAAAGUCGCGAGAAGCACACCUCAAUGGAUUCCUCGUGAUUCCACUUUAAUGCCCUUUCAUUGUCUAAUCUAAUCUCCAAAAAGAUUCAAACUUUCUUUUCUCUUCUCUGUAGAAUUGUGAAAAAGCUCUCACCUUUACGAUGGUUCUCGACGGAAACGGCGGCGCGGUAUGGUUAGGCGGCGGCGGCGGAGGAGGAGGAGGAGAACGGGUUCAUGAGGAGGAGGACGGUGCUGCUCACUUCAAACCUAUGCUUGAAGGUGGUGACUGGUUCAGUAACCAACCUCAAGAUCUCCACAUGUUACAGAGUCAUCAUCAAGAUUUCAGAUUCCUCGGUGGUGGUUUCGCCUUUAAUCCUAACGAUAACCUUCUUCUUGAUUCUUCUUCCUCUUGCUCUCCCUCUCAAGCUUUUGGCCUCGACAUGUCUCAUCAGCCUUCGUUCUUGGCCGCUGCUAACAACAAGUCUUGUCUCCUCAACGUUGCAAACCCUUUUGAUAAUAAUGCCUUUGAGUUCGGGUCUGAUUCUGGCUUUCUCGGACAUAUCCAAGCUCCUAUGGGGUUCGGUUCGUUGAUGCAGUUGGGGAACAACAACUCAACGCCGUUAUGUGGAGGUGGAGGUGGAGGUGAAUUCACACCGUUGGAGUUAGAGGGUUUCGGGAGUCCUGCGAGUUUUGUCGGGAGCAGAGCGAAGGUUCUGAAGCCUUUGGAGGUGUUAGCUUCGUCCGGUGCACAGCCUACUUUGUUCCAGAAACGUGCAGCCAUGCGUCAGAGCUCAGGGAUGAUGAGGAAGCUGAGCGAUGAUGGAGAGAUGGAUGAGACUGGGGUUGAGGUUUCAGGGUUGAACUAUGAGUCUGAUGAGCUGAACGAGAGCGGUAAAGCCGCUGAGAGUGUUCAGAACGGUGGAGGAGGUAGAGGGAAGAAGAAAGGAAUGCCAGCAAAGAAUCUUAUGGCUGAGAGGAGAAGGAGGAAGAAGCUUAAUGAUAGACUCUAUAUGCUUAGAUCAGUUGUCCCCAAGAUCAGCAAAAUGGAUAGAGCAUCAAUACUUGGAGAUGCAAUUGAUUACCUCAAGGAGCUUUUACAAAGGAUCAAUAACCUUCACAACGAGCUCGAGUCAACUCCAAAUGGAUCUCUCCCUCCAACUUCAUCAAGCUUCCAUCCAUUAACGCCUACACCGCAGACUCUCUCUUGCCGCGUCAAGGAAGAGUUGUGUCCCUCUUCUUUGCCAAGCCCUAAAGGCCAGCAAGCUAGAGUUGAGGUUAGAUUAAGGGAAGGAAGAGCGGUGAACAUUCACAUGUUCUGUGGUCGUAGACCUGGACUUUUGCUGGAUACCAUGAAAGCUUUGGAUAAUCUUGGAUUGGAUGUUCAGCAAGCUGUGAUCAGUUGUUUCAAUGGGUUUGCCUUGGAUGUUUUCCGCGCUGAGCAAUGCCAAGAAGGACAGGAGAUAUUGCCUGAUCAAAUCAAAGCAGUGCUUUUCGAUACAGCGGGCUACGCUGGUAUGAUCUGAGGCAAGGUCCUUGAGCAUUUGUUGAAGCUGAAUUAGAAGAACUAAGCCUUUUAAAUCUGCAAUUUACUUCUCUGUUUUUUUUCUCUAUCUUUCAAAUUAAGGCAUUUAGCAUGUAGGCAAAUUGCAAAUGAGAGUUGUUUGAUUGUAACCUUUGAGAACUUGGUGGUUCUUGGAUACAUACAUGACUUCAACCUUUUUGAGCAAUGUUAGCCUCAUUAUGUUUCA